AUGAUGCGCCCUCUCAGAAACAGGAAGACGGCGGCCAAGGCAAAGCCACCAUCUUUUCCGUCAACAUUCACACCCCUCCGAGCCAUUCUUGACGAUGACGGAGAUGCCCAGCCUGGAUCUAUGGUCAACGUGAUUGGCGUCCUCAAAGACUGCCGAGCCCCGGUUUCGACACACGGAUCGGACUGGAAGUGCACCUUGACCAUAUCUGACCUAUCCAUUGAAGAUGAACCAGCCGGAGUCGAGCUCGUCAUCUUUCGCCCCGAGGCGCGGAUGCCCGAAGUCGGCGCCGGAGACGUCAUUGUUGUUCUAAGCGCAAAGGUUCAGAGGUUCAAGUCCAACCCGAAGUCUCUCAUUACCAGCAAGGUCACCUCCAUUUGCGUCUACGAGGCUGCGAAAAUACCCGUCUAUCCCGCUUCAGCACUGGUAGCACUCUUGCCCCCAAAACAAGGUGAAAGCCACAAGCUGCUGAAGGAGGAACACCAUCAGUAUGUGUCAUACCUCUACAAUGUCAUCGACAAGUACGACGUUCCCGAUGAGGCCGAAUACCAACAGAGAGUUACUGUCUCUCUGAACGUCAAAGACAAGUUCAGCCUCCUGAAGGAUGUCACAGACGGCAAAUUCUACGACCUAAUCGGCCAAGUUGCCAAGGACCCCUACACCGACGAGGUGGGCCGAGUCACGCUUUACCUCAGCGACUACACCGAAAAUGAUCUCUUCUUUCACUACACCUGGGAAGGUGUCCGAGAGCUUGCCUCCCGGUCAUUCGAUGCCUACCCCGAAGACGACAACAACCCCUCGGAAGCCGCUGGCUCCCAACAACACCCAUGGGUUGGCCCGUACGGCAAACGGACCAUCCAAAUAAGCUGCUACGACUCCCACGCCGACUUCAUCCGCGAAGCCGGCGUCGGCGCCGGCACCUGGCUCUCGCUGCGCAACGUGCAAGUCAAGUUCGGCCGCAACGGCGCGCACCUGGAGGGUUUUCUCAGGGAGGAGCGCAACGCGUCCUCCCGAAAAAUCAACGUCGAGAUCCUAGAUAUCGUCGCCCCGCACCCCAGCAUCACCAAAGAGACAGUCGACCCGCGGUUGAAGGAGGCCGUCCGCCGCUGGUGCGAUUACUCACAGGAGAAGAAGACGCAGAUCAAAGCCGUGAAAGCCGCGCAGGAGGCCGGUGCUAAGCGGAAAGCAGCCAGCAUUAGUAGCAUUGGUGCAAGCGAUGAUAUGCCCCUCGAUGGUCAGCCAUCACCACCCGAAAAGAAGUUGACGGCCAAGGAACGACGCAAGCUGAGACGCGCCGCGUUGGAGAAGGCGGCGGAGGAACAAGAGAAAGCUGCCCUGGGGUUGAACGAGCUGGUCACUUGCGAAGUGCACCCGAAGCCCGUGUUGACGCUCGCGACCAUCUUGGAGCCGGUCAUGUACGAGACUCUGGUCGAUAACCAGCCUGUCAAGAUCCCGCUGCCGUUUACCAACGCCAAGUACAAUGCCUGUGUCCGCGUCGUGGACUUUUACCCUCGCAAGCUGGAGGAUUUUGCUUGCGGUAGGAAGAGGACCGAGUUCGAUAUUUUGUCGGACAACGAUGACGAUGACGAUGACGAUGACGAUGACGACAACGACGAUGAUGCCGAAAGUGAUGAGGACAAUCUUAACUCCACCAUGGAUACAACGGACGGUGAAGACCAUAAUAAUAGACAAAGCCGUAGGACAUGGGAAUGGCGCUUCGCUCUCCUUCUGGAAGACGCUAGCACCCCGUCAUCCCCAUCGCCAUCCGACACCACAGCCACGGCUGCGACGGACAUGAACAAAAAACGGAAACGUGACGAUCCCAAAACAGCAAGAGUGAGACUCUGGGCAACGGUAGACAACACCGAAGCACAAUGUCUCACCGGUCUGGACGCCGUCAACCUCCGUCGAGACCCCCGUACGUUGGCUACCCUGCGGGAGAGAAUGUUUACCCUCUGGGGAACCCUGGAGGAGCUCAAGGCUGCUAAAGCCCGUGCGGCCAAAGAGAAGGAGAAGGCCGAGGAUGGAAAUGGCAGAAAAACGAAAGGCACAAGGGAAAGACGACGGUGGUACAACUGGAGAGGUUGA